AUGGCCUUGUCAAUCUCCCAAGUGGCUUUCGAACACCAUCGAACGGCCCUCGGCAUUUGCGAGACGCAGCCCCGGGUCUCAUGGCGGUUCGACGGCAACGUCUCCGACUGGGAGCAACGUGCGUAUGAAAUUGAGGUCAAGCGAGCCGGCCACGACGCAGACGUCUUCCGUUCGGAGUCUUCCGAUUCGGUCCUGGUUCCCUGGCCGAGCUCUCCGCUGCAAUCGGGUGAAGAGGCGACGGUGCGCGUACGCUCCUUCGGAUCGGACGGCCAGCACGACACGCCUUGGUCGGACGCUGUCACCGUCGAGCCGGGUCUCCUCACGCCGGACGAUUGGCACGAUGCGGUCGUGAUUGCCUCUGACCGGCCGACGGAGGUGGACGCCACCCAUCGACCGAUCCAGUUUCGCAAGGAAUUCUCCGUGGAUGAUUCGUACGUCUCAGCGCGGUUGUACAUCACGGCGCUGGGGCUCUACGAGGCCCGUAUCAACGACCAGCGCGUUGGUGACCAUGUCAUGGCGCCCGGGUGGCAGUCCUAUCAGUAUCGCCAUGAAUACAACACAUACGACGUGACCGAUCUGCUGAAGCAGGGGCCCAAUGCCAUUGGCGUCACUGUGGGAGAGGGAUGGUACUCCGGGCGUAUCGGAUACGAUGGCGGAAAGCGCAAUAUCUAUGGCGACACACUUGGGCUGCUCUCGCUACUUGUCGUUACCAAGUCGGAUGGGAGUAAGCUCUACAUCCCUAGCGACAGCAGCUGGAAGUCCAGCACGGGGCCGAUCAUCUCGUCGGAGAUAUAUGAUGGAGAAGAAUAUGACUCCAGGCUGGAACAGAAGGGUUGGUCCCAGGUGGGCUUUAACAGCACCGGCUGGCUUGGUACGCACGAGCUGUCGUUCCCUAAGGAGAGAUUGGCCUCGCCAGACGGCCCCCCCGUGCGACGCGUGGCCGAGCACAAGCUUGCGAACGUCUUCUCUAGCGCUUCCGGAAAGACGGUUCUCGACUUUGGACAGAACCUUGUAGGGUGGCUACGCAUCCGAGUCAAGGGCCCCAAGGGUCAGACUAUUCGCUUUGUUCAUACUGAAGUGAUGGAGAAUGGAGAGGUAGCCACUCGACCCUUACGCCAGGCCAAAGCAACGGACCAUUUUACCCUCUCGGGCGAAGGAGUCCAGGAGUGGGAGCCCUCGUUUACCUAUCACGGAUUCCGUUACGUGCAGGUCGACGGCUGGCCAGCAGACACGCCUCUUGAUGAAAACUCCGUGACCGCCAUCGUGGUGCAUUCGGACAUGGAACGGACGGGGUACUUUGAAUGUUCCAACCCGCUCAUCAGCAAACUUCACGAGAACAUCCUCUGGAGCAUGAGAGGGAACUUCUUUAGUAUCCCCACCGACUGCCCUCAGCGAGAUGAGCGGCUUGGUUGGACCGGCGACAUUCAUGCCUUUUCCCGAACGGCCAACUUCAUCUAUGACACGGCGGGCUUCUUGAGAGCAUGGCUCAAAGACGCCCGUUCCGAGCAAUUGAACCACUCGUACUCACUGCCUUAUGUUAUUCCCAACAUCCACGGAAACGGAGAGACCCCAACCUCUAUCUGGGGAGAUGCAAUUGUCGGAGUACCAUGGCAGCUUUUCGAGAGCUUUGGUGAUAAGGUCAUGCUGGAAGAGCAGUAUGGGGGCGCCAAAGACUGGGUGGACAAGGGGAUUGUACGCAAUGAUGUCGGUCUGUGGGAUCGGUCGACGUUCCAAUGGGCCGACUGGCUCGAUCCCAAGGCUCCGGCCGAUGACCCGGGGGAUGCCACCACGAACAAGUAUCUCGUUUCGGACGCCUACCUCCUCCACAGCACGGACAUGCUCGCCAACAUCUCGACGUCCCUUUCCAAAGGAGAGGAGGCGUCGAACUACACAGAGUGGCACGCGAAACUCACCAAGGAAUUCCAGAAGGCAUGGAUUACGUCGAACGGGACGAUGGCCAAUGAAACCCAGACAGGCCUGACCCUCCCGCUGUACUUUGAUCUGUUCCCCAGCGCUGAACAGGCCCAGUCGGCCGCCAAGCGCUUGGUCGACAUCAUCAAGCAGAACGACUACAAGGUGGGCACCGGGUUUGCGGGGACCCAUCUCCUCGGCCAUACGUUGUCCAAGUAUGGAGAAUCCGACGCGUUCUAUUCAAUGCUGCGACAGACGGAAGUCCCGUCGUGGCUGUAUCAGGUGGUGAUGAACGGCACCACGACAUGGGAGCGCUGGGACAGCAUGUUGCCCAAUGGGAGCAUCAACCCGGGCCAGAUGACCUCGUUCAACCACUACGCUGUCGGCUCUGUGGGGAGCUGGCUCCAUGAGGUCAUCGGGGGUCUGUCUCCUGCUGAGCCCGGUUGGAGGAGAAUCAAUAUUGAGGUAGUGCCUGGCGGCGAUCUUCAGCAGGCGUCUACCAAGUUCUUGACUCCGUACGGCAUGGCUUCGACGAAGUGGUGGCUGGACGGGCAAGACCAGUCGUGCGGCGGGUUCGAUUUCCACCUCGUGGCUGAAGUGCCGCCCAACACCCGGGCCACUGUCGUUCUUCCUGGAAAGGGGGGUGAGAAGGUUGAUGUUGGUUCAGGGGUUCAUGAAUAUCAUGUUCGGUGUGUGAAGCUGUAG